GUUAGCUUGCUACUAGUAAAAUGGCUAGCUGCUGAUUAUCUAACUAGCCUGUGUAAGAUUAGCAGAGUCCUUAUGGCAAUUUGAUGUGUAGCUAGCUAACGUGUCCAUUGUUUAUUAUAACGCUACAUCUUGGAAACUAGCAUGUCAGUGACGAACAUCGUGUAAAAUGUGCUAAUAUAACUUGCUAGUACGCUCGCAAGUGUAACGUUAGACAAAGGGGAAUAAAGCGAUCUGUGCGAAAUAAGGUGCACGAGAUGCAGGAGGGAAAUAUUAAUGAUGCUUUGCCUUCCUCCAAGAACCACACAGGCACCCACCCCAUGCAGACUCCGAAGAACGAGGAUGCCUAUGAAAUCUCCAUUCCCUUCGAGGAGAACAACUUUGAGCAGCAAGGCUUCUUCAACCAGAAUGAACAGAGUUUUGACGAGUCGCCCCCUCCCUCGGGCGCCCCCCCACCAGGCAGCUCGUACCUUCUGAUCACCAACCUGCGGACGCAGCUGCAGAUCUCCCUGGAGAAGAACUCGUGGCUGCACAAACGCAUCGAGGACCUGGAGGAGGAGAGGGACUUCCUGCGUUGCCAGCUGGACCGCUUCAUCUUCUCUACCAAGACCCAGGGCCAUCAGAACCAGGGCCCCAGCGAGAGCCAGUACAGCAAUGGCUAUGACUCUAGACGUUUUGAAUGGAAGCCGAGGAGAGAGGGGGAGCGGCCAGCUGAGCAGAAGUCCGAGCCACAGCGUUUCACAUCUCGUCAGAUAUUCCAGCGAAGACCAUCCCCCACUGCCAUGGCCCCACCCAAAAACCACACUUCCAGCACGAUAGCCAAUCAGAUGGCCGCGAUGAGCUCCAUGUUCAGCUCCGGGGCCUCCCAGACCCUCUUGCAGGGGCACAGCAGUGGCAGUAGCAGCGCUAUUAGAGCCACCAUGAGUGACAUGAAUGCACACRGGAGUGUAGGUCCAGGUAAUGGGAUCCAGACUAGAGGUUGACAUAUGAACAGGACUCUUGCAGGUGCCAAAGGAUUCUGGCAGGAAUGGGAGAGGCCUCCCGAGUAGUGCAGUGGUCUAAGGCCCUGCAUUGCAGUGCUAGCUGUGCCACUAGAGAUUCUGGGUUCG